GAGAGCCAAGCAGUCACCGAAGGAGAGCCAAGGCGAUAGGAAGUGGGCGUGUCACCCUCUCUACGAAAAUGUCUAAAGCAGCGAGGAAGGCGUUGGAUGAGGCGAGGGAGACUGGCAAUCCCGAGCUGGAUUUGCAGGAAAAGCAGAUUACCUCGUUAGAAGACCUCCCUGGACUUUUGUCUCUGGAGCACAUUACUAGAUUGACACUAACACACAAUCGCCUGACUAAAGUUCCUGCAGCCAUCGCUAAUCUAAUCAAUCUUGAAAUCUUGAAUCUCUUCAACAACAUCAUUGAGGAACUGCCAACAUCCAUCUCUUCCCUCAACAAACUCCGCAUCCUUAAUGUUGGAAUGAACCGAUUAGACGAGUUGCCAAGGGGAUUUGGCUCCUUCCCUGUGCUCGAGGUCUUGGACAUCACCUACAAUAAUAUCUCAGAGGGAGAUUCACUGCCAGGCAAUUUCUUUAUGCUUGAGUCAUUAAGGGCACUGUAUAUGGGCGAUAAUGAUUUUGAGUACAUUUCUCCUGAAAUCAAGAAUUUGAAGAACUUGCAGAUUCUUUCCCUGCGAGACAAUGACCUGAUAGUGGUCCCCAGGGAAAUUGGUGAGCUGACACGCUUAAGAGAGUUGCACCUUCAGGGAAAUCGCUUGGAGGUUCUUCCUCCAGAAGUUGGUCACCUGGAUCUGUUGGGCACAAGAUCUUGUUUGCGUCUAGAAGGUAAUCCUUGGGUACCAAUGAUUGCUGAUCAACUCCUCCUUGGACCUUCCCAUGUGAUGGAUAUGCUGCGUAAUGAAUCAUACAAGUUUGUGUACCAGCGACACAUUUCAUCUGGAAGCCAGCCACCCCCAAAGAAUUUUGAAGCCAAGAACAGGAAGAUUUCAAGAAAGAGGGAUGUAGCAUAAGGUUUCCAUGCACAAAUGGUGCUCAUCUUGCAGUACCUUGGAUACUUUACUUCAUUUAUGUUCCAGAGCUUUAUAAUGCCUUAAUAUAUGUAGCUUUAACAUUUUUAUUUAAUUUUUAAAAAAAUGUGCAAUUAAAGUGUACAUUGUACUGUUUUGAUUUCUGGAAUGCAUUAUGCCUAAAGUUACCUGCCAUUUUAGGGAACAUUUUCUCUCCUGUUUAUUGAUACCUUCUAGAUGAUUUUAAGUAUGUCAUUCAUGAAAAGUAGAGUAAUAUACUUUGAUCAUUCAUGUUCAUUAUUGAAUAGCUAAUUAUGAAGAUGUAUCAAGGAACUUUACUACAAGGAUAUGUUGACAUUAUGCAAGUUAUGUUAUUUACCAAAAUCUACAUUGAGGUUUGAACAAAAUAGUGCCUGAUGUGAAAUACUUCAUAAUCCAGUUUUACCUUUUACAGGAAGAUAGACAGAUUCUCAGAUAUCUUGAGCUAAAACAAUUUCUUUGGGCAAUCAAUUCAGAAAUAGGUUUUAUUCACAUGUUUAUAUAAAAAGGCAUUGAUUUGUUUCAAACUUAAAAUGUGAGAUAAUGAUAAAUGGUGACAUUCUUUCAAUAAUAGAAUAGUUUAUGCAAAUGUUCUAGAUUCUUCUCUUAUAUUAGGUUUGUUUGUACUAAUUGAAUGCAGUCCAUGUCUGGUUUAUAUCCCAGUCAUGUAAAGCAGUUCUAGAAGUAUUCAAGGAAUAAAAAUGCUAAAGUGAUGUGUGAUUAACCAGUAAUAUUUCUUAACUUGCUAAAUUUAUCAUUGAUAUACGUGUUUGGUGCUAUCAUCCUAAAUAAAUAAUUUCAUGAAAUCAUCAAAACCUUUGGAAAGUUGCAUUUACUAGAACUUUUAGUGCCUUUUACAUCUUGAAAAAAAAAUUUAGAAGUGCCUUUUGUUAAAAAUGUUUGUUAGUGGUGCAAGGAGACUCCAUACUGGAACUUCUUUUUAUAUGGUCUAUAAUUAUUUGUUAAUGUGAAUUUUCUUAAUCUCAUAAUUUUAAAAAUGUAUGAGUAAAGCCAUCAUUCAUGUACAGAUUUAAAGAACUUUUUGUAAUGUAAACAUUGAGCUACAGGAAUUUUUUUGUAUGUCAAACUUUUCCAUUUUACGUUCAGUAUUACUUGAUAGUGCACAAAAUACAGCCUUAUACCAGUACCAUGUGGUAUCAGAAAUUACCACAGGAUUAAGUUAUACCAAAUGUGUUCAAGAUAGUCUUUAAUAAUAGUUGCCGGUUGUACCUAAUUGUCUUGACUUAAAUUAUAUGCUCUCUCUAUUUUUAGAUAUAUUUAUGAGAACACAAAUGCAUCAAGAAUGUUUAAUUAAUUCAGUUAUUCAUUAAAAAGGUUGCUUAUUCAGCUUGCAAAAAAAUUCCCUGGGAAUCCUAAUUGUUACAUGGUGGUAAUUGAUAUUAUAUUAUCAAUGGUUGUACAAUGAUAUUAGAACAAUUGAAUUACUUUAAUGAAAGGUCAGAGGUGAUAUACCAGGUUUUACCAUAAGACUACUGUCGAGAUAUUUUCUGUUUUUAUCAGUAUUCAUUAAUUUGCUUUUAUUGUUACAAAAUGUAUUUUAAUAAUGCAUAAAAAGUGCCAAAGUAAACUUACUAGAAAAUAA